AUGCUCGACUAUACACAGUUUCAGCAGGUUUUCCCUGCAGACCUAAGCAUCCCAUACGACCGCACACUGCUGCACGACAUUGACGGCCAUCGCAAAACACUGUCGGGCGUCCUCUUCAUCGACCGAGUCUUGCGCGCUCUAGGCAUCGCAAAAGCCAAGGUUUACCCGCCCAAGACGGACAAUGCUCUCAAGCAGCUUCACCAGAGCAUCUGUGAUGCCGCCAUGUCGACGCACCACAAGCUGUCGCUCUUCUACUACGUGCUGCUUGAUUUUGACGGCGUCAGCGGUUCUCCAUACGUGUCGCAAGAGUUCAUCGCCGCCUCUGGUCUUGCUGCCAACUACCAGCUCUUUAUGCGCGGCCUGUGGCACAUGGACCACCUACAGUUCUCGACGGCACUCGAAUAUGUCUCGCAUCCGUCCCUCGAACCCGAUUUCUCCGACGACAUCAUUGUAGCACUCGUGAAGCACGCCCCCAACGACGACUACACGCUCCCUCUUGCCUACUUUACGUCGGUACGGCCUGUCCUCAAGUCCUCGGCAGCCAUCGAGCACCUCUUUGACGCCAUGGCGAGAACAAACGUGACCGAGGCGCUACUCUACGCGCGCACAUUCCCCGACCAUGCGCGCGAGCAGCUCUUCCAGCGGCUGAUUGUGUCGGUGCUCAAGGGGGGCAAGGACGACGAGAUUACGAGCCACGCCAGCGAGCUCGUCUUUCUCCCCUUGGACGCCACGGAGGAUGCUUGGUUUGAGGAUUUCCUCUCUCGUGGGAAAGGCCGCACGUUGAAACGGGCCAAGGACAUGCUGCUGGUGCGGCGGAUUGCGUGCGACAGGUUCGGGGAGUUGACCAAGUACAAAGCCAACAGCGAAUGGGCGGCUGUGCUGGAAGGAAUCAAGAGCGGCGUGGAAGGGCACUUGGAGUGA